AUGCCUGCUCCUCCCGGCCACCUGGGUAACUUGACUCCCGAACAAGAAGCCAAAUUGCGCGAGUUCUGGGCCGUCACGCUGAAAAUCUUUGGCGUGGAAGACCCGCAGCAUACCAGUGGGACAGACACACCACGAACCGAAGAUGCGGGAUCUGAAGUAGAUGUCAAAGAGAAGGAGAAGAGCAAAAAGCGAUUGGGUAUAUUCAAGAGACACAAGGAUAAGGAGUCAAGUAAUGGAUCAGCCACGCCGACCAAAGAUCCGAGCCAUCAUGCAGAUUCCGACGACAAGUACGGCCAGGUAAAGGAAUUCCAGCAGAUCUUGGUCACACAAACCCCAGAAUCCUUGCGUGCCACGUUUUGGAGCAUGGUCAAGGCAGAUCACCCGGAUGCGCUACUGCUACGGUUUCUGAGAGCCCGAAAAUGGGAUGUGGACAAGGCGUUGGUCAUGUUGGUCUCUACGAUGCGAUGGCGAAGUCAAGAACAACAUGUCGACGAUGAUGUCGUCCUGCGGGGAGAAGGGGGAGCUCUAGAGGACUCGAAAUCCAGCGAUCCCGCCGUGAGGCGCGAGGGAGAAGACUUCCUGGCGCAACUCAGGUUAGGAAAGAGUUUCCUGCACGGCACCGAUAAAGAAGGUAGACCGCUAUGUUUUGUACGGGUACGACUCCAUAGAGGUGGCGACCAGACGGAGCGUGCCCUCGAACGGUAUACGGUUUAUGUGAUUGAGACGGCUAGACUGGCUCUGAGGCCGCCAGUAGAAACCGCUUGUAUAGUUUUCGACAUGACCAAUUUCACCAUGGCCAAUAUGGAUUAUACCCCCGUCAAGUUUAUGAUCAAGAUCUUUGAAGCCAAUUACCCCGAGUCGCUCGGCGCCGUCCUUGUCCACAAGGCACCGUGGAUUUUUCAAGGCAUAUGGAAGAUCAUUCGGGGUUGGCUCGAUCCCGUCGUGGCGGGUAAAGUGCACUUUACGUCCGGCGUGGAGGACCUCGAGAAAUUUAUCCCUAGAUCACAGAUCAUCAAGGAGUUGGAUGGAGACGAGGACUGGGAAUAUAAGUAUGCAGAGCCCGUACCUGGGGAGAACGACGCUAUGAAGGAAGAAGCGCCCCGAAACGCUCUCAACGCUGAGCGGGACAUUCAGGUCCGCGAAUACCAGAAUAAAACUUUUGAGUGGAUAUCAAAAGGCACGGGCCCGGAUGUGGACAAGAUCAAAGAGGAGAGGCACGCCCUGGCAAGGCAAUUGAACGCAAACUAUUGGAAACUGGACAAAUAUGUGCGGGCGAGGACGUACUAUGACCGCACGGGCAUGAUCGGGCCAGACGGCAAGAUCAACUUUUACCCGCCGCCUCCGGGGAAGGGAGAGAACGUGGAUCUCAAACCGACGUCGCCGGAGACUGUGCCGGACGCUCCACAGAUCGAAACCUCUACCGAUGAUGUCGACUGA